AUGAACAGAGCACCGAAGAAACGAGGCCUUUCGGUCGAAGAGAAGGUCUCGCGGGUUGAGGAGCGGUUCUUCUCUCACCCCACGCCAUACACACUGAAGGAGCUGCUGGUGGUGCUGCCGAAGGUGACGGGCGUCAUUUUGCAGUCGAUCGAGGAAUGCUUGGAACUCCUCGUCUCUGAGAACCGCAUCAGCCAGAAGAAGAUCGGCGUCCACGUCCUCUUUUGGUGGUUUCCCAAGACAGCGGCGCAGCAGUUGGCCGCGGCGUUCAACGCCAGCGGUAGUGGCGGGGCGGUGGCCGCAGCCAAACACAUGAGUAUGGGAUAUGGGAUGGGGCUGCCGCAGCUGCAGAAGGAAGUGCACGCGUUGGGGGUGCAGGAGGCGGAAGCGCGUCGUCGCGUGGAGGACGUGUGUACAGGAAUCGGCGAUGCCGCAUCCGUACGGCGCGACUCUGCGAAGAUGCGGCAGUUGCAGGAAGAAGUCAAGGCACUGCGGGCGGAGCUGGAAAAGCUGGCGGUGUUUGACCCAGUCAUGAUUGAGAGGGUGAGGGCCACCACAGAAGUGGCGUGGGAGGCGGCCAACAGGUGGACAGACAACAUGCGUCUCCUGGAACGCCACAUCUCGCAGCGCAUGGGAUUAACUCCACGAGAGCUGCGGCUGCCUGAGGACGUUGACUAUAUCGAAUUCGAGGAUCUGGUGCGCGAGAAAAACGAUAAGUCAAAGGCGGUCCCGGCAACUUCCGAGGGGGCGUCUUCGUCACCCCUGCGAGGCGCAGAAGGAGGCAUUGGGGGUGAGAUGGGCGUCCCACCGCCAUCGCCGGCGGCAGAAGCAACGGAUACGUCUGCGGCACCUGGCACACGCAGCGCCCAAGAGCGGGUCAAGCGUGGCCGGGGAGACGGCGUGGCGGCGGCGACAGAAGGCCAAACAGGGGCAGUGAAGCGUCCACGAACAGAAGCCAAGAAGGACGUAGUGGGGCACACGGCCGCUCGCUGUGGGAAGAAAAAGAAGGUGUUGCAGAGGUGUGCGCCACGGGCCAGCGGCCUCUCAUAUAUCACACCGCGCUUGCAAUGCGUGCAGGUGUGCGUAGGGAGCGUAUCCAACAGGGGAAAGAGACUGCCAGCCGGCGCAGUUUUGCUCUCCCUCCCCCGAGGCAAAGCACGAAUGUGGUAA